AAUAAACGACAGUUUCUUCGUACAAGAAAAACUGCGCUUGCUGUACAAAACGAGAACGUGGAAAAAUUGCCUUUGCUUGAUUUCUUCUUCCAGCGCUGCGAGAGCCAAAAUCUCAAGGCCCCAUUUCGGGCCCACGUUACGGUAGCCUUGUGUUUCAUCAAAGUGCCGAAAACAUGCCGGGUACACGUUCUGUGCGUUCUACUGUAGUCACUGGUGUUGACGGAGUGUGUAUUGCACAACGAAAAAAAAAUACGGUUACUGGAACGCCGUAACGUAUUACUAAUAAAUAAAUAUUGAAGGUGAUGUCUUGGAAUCUCUUCUCACUGACUGUGUCUGCUCUACUUGACACCGACCGACCGACCCGCCGUGGUGGAUUAGCGGCUGUGGUGUUGCGCUGCUAAGCACGAGGUCGCGGGAUCGAAUCCCGGCCGCGGCGAGUGAAUGCGAUAUUUGACCGGAGGCAGCACGGUUUUCAUCUCCGUCCGUCAUCACACUAUCAACCUCGCCUCCUGGAGCGUGUUUCUUCAUUGAUCCGAAAAGAAAAAAAAUACCCGCGCUGCGUCAAAUUCUGCUUCCGGUCCCAUAUCAUAUUCACACGCGGCGGCUGCUUUUUCAUUGAAGAUUUUUCUUUUUUUAAACGGUACGCCCCUUUUGUCAUUUAAUGUCUAUUGCAGUUACCCACAGCCUGUUCAGUCGACCUCUGUGCGCAGGCCAGCCUUUGCUAAUUCGUUCAACUUACAUUUAAGGGCACUAAAAGCGCCACGCCUUAGCCCGCAGUCACGUGGUAUUAUUAAACGUUCGCGCACUUUAAGGAAAGGCUUGAAAAAAUUUUAGACGGGGCCGUUGUCUUAACAUAGCUGAAAUAAUCCGGUGUUUCUGAACAAGCGCUACAACUUCUGUAAUGAAGAUUUUUCGCCAGAGUUACUAUUUAAAAAGUUCAUUAAGCAAUCCUUGUUAAUUAUCCACCUUGGCGGACUGAAGAAAAAACUUGAUGUGCUCCAUAUAUGGCUCAGAAGAAUACUGCGCCGAUUCGGUACGCGUAGCGCCUAUGUUUCUUUUUUUUUAAUACUUGCCCCAAGUUAGUUGACACACCCUGUAUAGUAAACAUUAGAAGCCUAUUUGUGGUUAGGCACCAUUUUUUUUUUCAAGUGCUAAAAAUAGUGAAAUCGAAAAGCUCAAGUAUCCAAUUUUUAUAAGCCUGUAACUCAGCCAUGAAAACAAUAUCACAAUCUUGUACAUUGCACCUGCUUAUACAAGUAAAGCGGACAAAGUUAGUGUCUUUUACACUGCUCUUAAAUAUACCACUAGUUUGUGAGCGAGACUUUUGCACAAUCCUUGUGAACACUGUAACAAUUUCGAGUAAACUGUAAAUACAUAUGCAUGGUUUUGCCGCUUGUGAUGCUCAAACAGUUGAAGUUUACACAACCAUGUUAUCCGUUUCAGGUGCCGAGUUACAAACUUGCAAACUUCGUGCUUCAAGUUUUUGAACUUAACAAUUUUCAGAAAUUUUUUCUAAAGAAAUCUGAGGCCCUCAUUCAAAAUUUUGCUUCCUGGAGUCACUAGAAUGAACUCUCUCCCUCAAAUGCAACUUAUUCUUUUUUUUUUCAAAUCUAUUCGAUGGUCGUCACAUAAAAGCAUUUGCGCGUUUCACGUGCAUUUAAAUAGGCAGUGUUGAGUGAGCCCCAAGCCAAAGGUUUUUCUUAAGGCACCCGACACCUUUUAUGCUACCCGCGGAAAUGCAGUCUUAUUCUGCAGCGCAAGGAAAGUACACAAAAGGUUUCGCAACAGAGAGGCAGCACUCGCAACUGCGCAGUUUUUAGGGUCACGGAAGGCAUUCCUUGUUUUGUGUUUCCUUCUGCCGAAGCGGCAGCAGGUAAGUAAAAGAGUGCUUUGUCACACCAGUGAGGAUACAUCGGCAGCUGUCGUCGCCGAGCAGCUGCACGCAUCACGUGACGUCUGACGAACGCGCAUUGUCUCCGUCUCGUCUGGCGUCUUCGCAAGCACAGCGCGUCGAUGGCAUGCAGCUGGGCCGAAAGGAAAACACAGGACUCGGACUUAGGGAUGGUGGCGUGACACGGCCGGUCUCGGCAUGAGUGGCCUGCGACAGCAGCAACCGGCCUCUCUGUGGGCAGGAGAUGCGGCUGGACGUGGAAAGGUGAGCGAGCAAUGCCUGUGGGCAGCGUGCAAGGCGAUGACCACGGGCCUGGUGCUCAUCGUGAUCGGUGCCUCAAUGGCCACCGUGGGAUUCUACUCGGACCACCUGUCGACUGUCGAGGAGCGGCGGGGCAACAGCACAGUCCGCGUGAAGAACGAACACCGCGACCGGCACCUGGACAGCCUCACCUACCUGGGGCCCCUGGUCAUGGGCCUGGGCGGCUUCAUCAUCGUCGCCACCUGCGUGAUGACCUUCGAGGCGCGGGACACCUCGUCGUCUUCCGCCAAGCUCGUCUCGGCCUGGUUCAAGAGGAGCAGGUCGUACGUCGCCCCUAGGCCCGAGAUAAGCUGCCAAGGCACGAGCGCGAGCGACGCCUCCUGGGAGCGGUUCCUGCCCAGCACACGUCACGACUCGACCGUGACCGAGGCCGACCGGUCGGCUGUCACCAGCGCGCUCAUCAGCUUCAGCAGGAACCUUCAGAGCAGCUUCGAGUCCGGGCGACUGCCAGGUGGCGCGACAGUCGGGGGCGCGUCGUGCGGAGGUGGCGCCACCGAAGGCUCGCCAGCGGGAAGCCCCCGCGAAAAGUUGCACCGGUGCCAGUCCGACCCGAACGUCGUCGGGCUCGGACUGGCCUGCGGCGGUGCCGGUUCGCCGACCUUCCGCGAGCCCACGUCUCCACUCAAGAAGCGCGAAGAGGCUGAGCGAGAGUGUUUUCUGAAGCCUCCGGCCAACCCUCAGCUCUUGAGACCGAGGCCGUUCAACGUGUCACCGCACGACUACCGCAAGGUCGUGUCCGUCGACUGCGCCUCGCCUCCGGUCCUCGAGACACCGACGGGUCUCGGCGAAGGCCACCCGGCCCAGUCGACGUCCUCGCACGGCUCCAUGGCCAUGGACGUCUACUUUCCAGAAGGCGCGGUCACGCUCAAGGUGAAGGACAAGACAAAGAAGCACCACCACCACAACGCCAUCUCACCGCCGGCUACUGGAAGUAGGAAAGGAAGCAGGUCCUCCGCUGCUUCGAGCAGGAAACUGUCAAAAAGUGAAGUGGGAUCCGGUGACAGCUACUGCUCGACCGAGUCGGACACGUCGCCCCGAAAGUCGCGGACGUCGACGCCCCGGAAAUCGGAGGCCUCCCUGCGUCGCGCGUCGACGGCGGCGUCGACGAGCCCGCGUCACAGCCACAGUGAGGCGAGCACGAGCAGAGGUUCCGUCCUGACGGCGACCAAGUCGGCGACCAUGAAACGGCACCCAUUCACGAGGCAACAAGCACUCGACGCCCACUCGUUUGGCUCGACCGACGCUUAGAUGCCGAUAGUUAACGGCUCGCCGCGGUUCCACGUGACAGGCGCAGAAAGAACAUAUGUUAUUUCGCAACUUGCUCGGUUGUGGGCUCUGGAAUCGGGCAUGGAGAUCCAAAUGUCGUUUAAAUCGAUAAAAGUUACGAAAUUCAAUGUACAGUUCGUCAGAUAAAAUGCUAGGACUGAACAUGCAGCUUUAGUUCUGUCUGAAGCGAACAAACGUGCUGUCGAUUGGUUGUUACGAAGGGAAGGAUGACUGGCAGAAGACACAGAAAAAUCUCCGAAAAAGGCGGAUACCAGGCGAUGUUCUGCCAGCGCGUUUGUUAGUUCUUUAUACUUCACGACACAGUCCGUCGCCAAUAGGAAUUUGUUCGACCAGCAUAGAGUAAAACAGGGACAACCAAAUGAAAACGAGCACACCACCGACAGAUAUCAAUGUCAUGGAUGCCUAUGAAGAAUUAGUUGUUACGACGAAAAGCUAUUUCGAGGAACACAUCAGUACGCAUUUUCUGCCAUAUUUGGAAUCUGCAGUUAUUUAAGUACGUUUUCUGACCGUUCUACUACAUUCUGCUAACCACAAAUGUCCACCUUCAAACGAAUUCAACUCUUAGAAACAGAAUACUGGUAAGCGUAGUUCUUAAACGGGACAGAAGAUAGACACAUAAGCACAUGGUUAACGUAUCGCUAUAAACGCCCAACAUCCGCAGAGAGCAUGUGGAUAUCAAACUCGCCACAAGUGAGCAAGUCUCUGAGCUGGAUUCCACAGCACACAACCGGCCCUCUUCUUGUGGUUGAUGUGAAGUGUGCGACUAUUUAUGUCGGACUUUGCCCACAUGGCAUACUUGCUUCAAGCACAUCGCCUGAGAGCCAGUUUACACUGCACAUCUGCCAAAAAGCACAGUAGCAACAAGUUCGUGUGAUGGUGCUGCCCUCCGACGCAUCCCGUGAUCUCUGUGCACGGUUUCACAAACUCUGCCACAAAGACAGUUUGCAGUGACAAGCCGUCGUAAAACUGUUUCGGUGUGCGUUCUACUUGGCGCAGAAUUAUUUUUAGCGCUCUGUCUGUCUGUAUUACCACCAUGUUAGUGUCAUGCCUACAUGUCUAUCACUAGCACGAGUGUAUCAAUGUGUGUAUCAUUUCGCUUAUGCGUCGUAUGUCAGACUCUGAACGUUCUUGUCUUCUGUCCAAAGAAAAUAGCUGUAACUUUUUAUCAUACGUACAAUGAUGUCCCCAAUCUUAUUGCCCUCAGAAAUUUAGGCACAUUAUGCCAGAAUCAUUGUUGCACAUAUGUGUUACAUAUUUCCUGCAUGACACGUUGCGCUCAGAGGCACCUUGAGCUCCGUUUUCGUGAACCUGGUAUCGGCAUGUGGUAGGUUGGUGCUCAAUACAUUAACGUGAUUAGGUGAGCUGUGUUCAAGAAUGAGGCUUUUGGAUCUGGCAAUUGAAACGUCACCGAGUGCUCUCCAAAGUUGUAGAGAAAGAAAGUUCUAGUGACAAAAACCUAUUGACUGGUGCUCGUAUGAAGUACUAUAAAUGGCAAAAAAUGUCUUGCAAUAUCACGUCACCUAAGCGUCACAGCUAUUAGCGCAUAACGAAAUGCCGUAGACAUCUGAACAACUUCACCUUUAAGUGUUCCCAUAAAGAGUACUCAUAAUGCGCAAGCUCAUUGUAGAUAAUCCAAAGGGAACGUAAUGUCGAAGCGAGAGUCACUAAAGAAAAUUACUUUUGGUCUAGAGUUCAAAGAAGUGUUGCAAAGCACUAUUGAAACGAGAUCGUUUGAUCAGGUUUGGCACUUCAGACCAGGAUUUUUGAGGCGAGGAUGCAAUCAGGAAGCACAGGAAAGUCUUGACAAGGUCGAGAGGGCAUGAUAAUCAAACCAUGUAUUUUUCAUAUGACUAAUCAUAUCGCCAACAAAACAAACUCAGCUCGCAGUAUUCCAGUAACUUGCGCUUGUCUUAGAUGUAGCUUUCUCCCAUGGAUAAUCGAUGUCUAUUAUACAAGAAUGACCACUUCAAAAUACGUGGGAAAUGACGAGACGAAAGCUGAAGUCACGGAUCUCAACUGCAUAAUUUUUCAACCUCUUUAAGCAUCUCGUUAUUUCGUAUUUAAAUUCCGCUUUUGCCAUGCAUCCAAGGUUGCUUUGUAGACAUAGACAGACAUGAACAGAUUUUCGAGAUAGCGACAAGUAGGAGAGGGUAACGAUGUCUUUCAAACAAAGAAUGUACAAAGAACCGAAAGUUCAGGAGCAGUUUCUUUUUCCUAUUUUAUAGAAGGUAAGGUGCCGCAUUGGAGUUUUUCAUUUCUUUAUCACAGUGACCUUAUAGCCGUUACGAAUUACAUUGCGGACGUUAGAACCAAGUACCCUAGAAAUACAGCCGCUCAAUGGUAACAUAUCCAAGUCAAUGUAAUACGUACAUGUCCGUGUCCUCUUGUCAAUGUGUGAAGCCUCAGGAUGCGUGGUGCCUCAUAGGGCUUCAUGGUGCCUCGAAGGUGGGAGGAUUAAAAGGGUAGAAACAUUGGUGAUUUGAUAAUUCAUAACAAAACUAAGCACAGCGCGCAAGACGAGGAUGCGAGAGAGAGAGAGUCGCACACCGCGCUGACCAACAUUGUGCAAUUGGUUGCUAAGCAACGGCGGUUUCUUCGGAGUUUGCAUUGAUAAACUUUAGAAUGGCGCUUAAAAAGUCCAGUUUGUUAUGAUUAUCGACUUCAUAGGUAGAUGAGCAGGCACUGCCCAACGAAUUCAGCUGUUCCGUUUACUAGUACAGAAGUCAUUUUCCUAAUUGAAAGCGUUUGCCACUUCAGCCACUUUCCGUAGUAUUUGAUUCGUAAUGGCGUUUCUGAUAUAAGAACAGCUGGCUGAGACAUGUGGUGAGGCGGAAAUGGAGAUUAGGCGUCACUGAGUGUUUUAACCCGAGCACGUGAGGAAUGUUCGCUCUGUACUACCCAUAGAGGUGUGCCGUUGACUGUGUUUGUUCUCUGCGGAAUUGAGUAGUGAAACAAAAUACGAUGGACAAAUAUCCUCAGUUCAGCAAAUAUCUACAUUGAAGCGCCCAAUUUUGUUAAUUCAAGACAAGAUUUCUCCGCCUUCCUCUCCCCGGUUCAGCACGUCUGGUCGGUCGGUUCUUCGUUGAGUGAUGCGGGCCGAUCCCGGAGGCAGUAUAGUCCAGCGUAGCGCGGGUCAUGUGCUAUGGUCACGUGGUGGAUUCACAGCGUAUCAGGCCACCCUCUUCCCGGAUGCGUGUAGCAUUUCUCCUUGCUUCGUCCUUUAGGUGCUUAAUCUUUAUGCGGAAUAGCGCUCACCGAAAAUUCAGCGGACUUCAAAGACGGGGACGCUGUUUUUUGCAAUCAUUAAUGAUGGUUUCUAUCAGAAUUCUGUUUAUUUUUCUACCCAGGACAGGUGUGUUCCUCCCGAACCAGCGUUCGCGAGCGUCUAUUUGACAGAGCGUAGGGGUCUAGAAAUUUCCGCGCCCCAAGUGACUUGGCGAGGCCCAAUUCCAGCGCGACGCUUUGUAACUGCGGCUUCACUCAGCUGAGAGCCAGACCACGGUAAAAGGAAACGAAAAGUGGCGUGAAUUGUCUGUGCUCUCUCCCAGAACAGACGAAUUCAUCUGUCAGCUCAUGGUCGUCUGCCCAGAUGCCAUCACUUCGCAAAAGAAGCCGCCGCUGCUUAGCAACCAAACGCACGCGAGUUCGUCAGCGCCGUGUGUGUCAUUAUUGCCGUGCCCUAUACUUUUCCGCGCUGUAGUUAGUUUAGCUGUGUAGACAAUGUUUAAACGUACUACGCAGUGUUUUAAUUUGCUUUUGUGCUCAGUUCAUGCCACGCGUCUUCGAAGUGCGAUAUACCUUAGGAGCAUUUAGUGGUCACCUGUACACCAGCAAUACCGGUAACGGCAGAUAUUUAGACAUUUCCAGUGCCUCUAGAGAAGCGUCAGUAUGUUUUUAUAGGAGGACUGGUAUAUCUCUAGCUCAAAGCUGCAAACUAGGUGCAUGUUUCGUCCUGUAGUUAAGGCCUAGUACAAGUGAACACUUGUAUCCGGAGAAUGACUUGUUCACUCCACGCCCAACGGAUGCAGGUGGCAGACAACUUGAAGCACGAGAGAAGCUUUUAGUUGGUGAGGGACAAGCACAAAGCUCGAUUUUUUUAGGUUAAAUCAGUUUCUUAUACUUCGAAGAAACAGUCGUGGAACAAACGGCGUCAUUGCCUGACGUGGCUCCUCCCCCUUUAAUGAUGUGCCAGCAGCAUAUUGAAAAAAAAAAGAAACCCUUAUCGUAGCUGUGACAGAUAUAUUGAAAAACAUUCCAAUUUAAAAACAGCACAGUACCAUGUCGAAAAUGCUGUCAAUGUAAAGUAACGAUACUGGAUCACCGACUAGCCCAAUCAGUCAGCUUGCCAAGUUAAUGACUUAUGCCAAAGUUUUUCGCUACAGGUAAUCGAUCAAUUUUCAUACCACAGGGCACAAUUCUAGGAGUUUGAUUGCCUAUCUUAUUUCAAAACAGCAUCCCAGUAUGCUACAAAAGCGUGUUACCGUUGGUCGCCAAGAUGGUCUAAUUUGUUUUCAAAAGACACACGGGGCAAAGAAAACACUCAGACCCGGUGCUACAUUUUAGGUUUGUAAUCAUGGAACGUAGGAAAUUCUAUACAUAACGGCAAAGCCGCCCGCAUCCCGCUUAGUCGUUGGAGAUACAAAUCGGAGCACACGGGCAGGUAAGAAACGACUUUACAUAAAGAACGCCUUGCAAAAUUAGAAAAACCAUUUAUGUCAAAAGAGAUAUUCUUGGGGCACUCUUUCGUGAUGAAUGCACCCUGAAGACUCGUUAAAGUUUUUUACACAGCUGCUCUGUAAGAUCGCAAAAACUAAUAAACUUGCAGAGUAGAUUAGCGACAUGUUACGUUUACGUUUUAAGAAAGAGUGUGUUAGUGGUUCACUGCACAUAAAAAUAUAUUUCACAACCGCACAGUAAUUUGCCUGCAUGUCUUGGAAAUGUGAAUUACAGCAUAUAAUAUUUUUGUUGUUCAUUCAGAGAAUACGCACAAGGCACGUGCCCGAAUUCGAAGCUUCAAUCAAGCACCCCUUCUGUGUCUGUUCCCAAUUCUCUGUUACCGUGUGCCUAAGACACUGCUCUCGGCUGUUAAUCUCUGAACAAGUUCACUCGACAAUGUAACAUCGUUUAGUUCUUAUGAAGAAAAAGCUUUGAAACUUCUUUGCCGCAGGACAUUCGCAAAGGGCGUAACUCUCUUUAGGAAAAACAAACCAUUUCAUUGUUGCGUGGUGAUUUCCGAGAAUCCUCAAGGAGUUUGCUGUAGUCUGUGCAAUAAUGCCAGCUGGAAACUGUGUGCUGAAAGAAUCGAGUCUAGGCAAAACUGAACAAGACGUAAGAGUUUUCCCUGUAAUUCGUACUGUUUGUCAUUUGUCAUUUCCCAAUGUGUGUGUGUGUGUGUGUGUGCGUGCGUGUGCGUGUGAGUGCGUGUGUGUGAUUGAACUUGCCUGUCCUAAAUGGAGUCGAGAACGGAAGUCGCAUCUGAUCCACAUCGUCUUGUCGUCUCUCCUGAUGAACACUGCAGUUUUCACCUCACAGCACAUAAACUUGGUUGUAUAAUCCACUUAUACACGUAACCCAGAUGACAUCUUACAUUUGUGCAUAUGUCUGUUCCGCCUUCCUUUCUUUUGGUGGGCACCUCGCACAUGUUUUCAAUGCACAGAAACCUCAACACACGCGCUUUAGCAAUAUAAGGACGCAGCGCGCCUUGCCCUUAGCACAUAAAGAAUGCCCCAAGUGUUACUUCAUCCUCUGCCUUUUAAAACAUGCUGUGAUCCAGGUCCAACCGGUGUUCAUGUCGUUGAUAGUACCAUCCAUGUGCAAAGUGUUGGGUAGACGUUUGACAGUACAAGAGAAGAAGCGGGUCCUGCUUAAGCAUCAUGCUGUGUCUGGAAGAUUGCAUAGCGAUGUCAUCCUCUCACAAUGCCCAAAUGACACAGGUAUGCUUAUGUUUGCCUAAAGGGCAACAAAAUCUUAUUGCAAAAGGACAUACCACGAUAGGUUCACAUCAUAAACAUAGUAAUCACCAAUAUCGCGAUAAGGCACCAUUUCCCAUAGCACAUUUUGGUUUGCCAAAAACACGAGUGCAGUACAGGUGGUGUUAAAAUACACGCCUCAGCGACGAUUGCCUCUAAGCAACAUAAACAAAUCUCGAAGGCUAUGCUUUCGCGGGCUGCAAGCUCCAGAAGUGAUUCUGGUGCCAACAAAUGCGUCAUAGCCACCACGUUUAGAGCACCCCUUAUCGCGGACGUGAGGGACGAUGCCACGACAACACUGGUAUUAAAACUGCUUUUGUAGCAGGCGACCAAGUCCAUUUCUUCGAUAAGCUUAAACAUUGUAAUCGAGCUGCCACAAAUGACGUCAUUCCCUUCACCAGAGCGUCAGCCUACAUAAUGUAGGCACACGCGUUGGACAUUGUAACAGCACGCCUGAAUUAUUUAUGGAACCUGCAAAACUCAUUGCGUAAUGUUCGUAUAAUCUACACGUGUCUAUGAACGUGCUCUUGCGAUUGAUUCUACGGCUUUUUGUUGCAACUACUUUUUUUUUCUAUGACAGCAGUAAAGAAAAGGCCAUGAGGCAUAAACCUUCGGCAUCAUUUUAUUUCAGACCUGAUUACCAAUUAGAGAACUACUUUACUGCCAACAGGGGUGCCUUAAUUUUCAUGGUCUUCCCCAGUUAUUUUGUAAAUGAGUUAGCAUACGACAAAAAUAAUAAAAAUAUAACAUUAUGAAAUAUGGCACUAAAACACGGUCUUUCACAGUGUGCCGCUUUUACUAGUAUCGAAGUCAACUGGGAUUUAUUUUCGAAACAGGGCAUGUAUUCUAGAGCUAUUGCUAGGGACAGUCAUCCGUUAAAAACCAUAAUGAAGAAACUAUCAGUGGGGGCCGAAGGCUGAUGGCGGUUUUUACGAAAGGAAAGCUCUUUAGGAAUUCAAGCUCAGGCUUCAUUUACACAUUGGUCGGCGAAAUACUGCUCGAGUGAAACACAUAGGUGAAGUGGUAAAUGACUCGUCUUUUUUCCCUACCGCGAUCAGUAUAGUUUACCAUGCGCAAAUAUAAACAAGAGUUUACAAUAAAUGUGUUUCGCAACUGUUUGUACGUAGGCAGGAUGAGCGUGAAAACGACUGACCCACUUGAAAGCCACGUUGCAGGUUUUUACAAUGUAUAAUGCCGCACCUCCAGCCUCGGUAUACACACAUGAUGUUCGCGAAUGCAUUGAAGUGAUCAAACGCUGUGAGUGGUGGUCUAUGUGCGUUUUUGUCCUAGACUUUGUUGUCAGGCACGUGUUUUAGCCAUGUAUAUCCAGGAAAAGAAAACCUUUUUGCACAUCAUCAACCGAAUCCGUCGCACAGUGUACGAACGAGAGAAGAAAAAUACAUUGUCAACAGUUGCGUUA